AUGGCGGCACAUUUCGACUUCAGCGCCUCUGCCUCCUCCGCGACGCCGCCGCAGCACCAGCAGCACCAGCACGCGCACGCCAUGGCCGAGCACAGCGUCUCGUCGCCGCACCACCCGAGCAACGUCACCAUCUACCAGACGACGGGGCCCGAUGCCCACUACGGCCCCGUCAUGGCCCCCGGCGAUGCGGGCACGCCGCUGCUCAACCCGCGAUCCUGCGUCACCUGCCGCCGGCGCAAGGUGCGGUGCGACAAGCAGAUGCCCUGCUCCAACUGCCGCCGCGCCCUCAUCCCCUGCGUCUUCCCCGCGCCCGGCCGCGCGCCUCGCCAGCACCGGCCUAAAGACCCCAACGCCCCCCCCAAGGCCACGAGCCAGCGCGAGGUCGAGCUGGUCAAGCGGCUCAAGAAGCUCGAGGGCAUCGUCGAGGAGCUGAGCGGCCAGAUCGAGAUUGAGACGGGCGCCAGGGUCUCGUCCGCCGGGGCCUCGCCUUCCAAUGAUGGAUCUCCGUCGACGCAGCGAGCCAAAUCCUCCAGCUUGAGCGCAAUGACCUCGGGGCUUGCGGACCACGGCGACGGCCACAGUGCCGGAGAUGGGAGCGAAUCGCCAAUGAUGAGGGAGAGCCGGAAGCAGUUGGGACGAUUGGUCUUGAAUGAUAACAAGGGCACGUCUCGCUAUGUGAGCAGUGGGUUCUGGUCCAGGCUGAACGACGAGCUGGAUGCCAUCCGAGAGGAAACGCAAAAGCUUACCGAUGAAGACGCCGACGACUCUGAGUUUGAAGAAUCGCCGCCCAUUGACUCACCCUUCACCGCCAGCAGCUCCGUCUAUGACCACCAUGGCUUCAUCCUGGGAUAUCGAUCAAUUGAUGUCAACCUGCAGAAAUGCCAUCCUCUGCCGUCUCACGGCACGUUUCUCUGGUCCGUCUAUCUGGAAAACGUAGAUCCGUUACUCAAAAUCCUCCAUGUCCCAACCAUGGAAGGUAUACUGCGGGAAGCUCGGCGAAAUCCCGAAAAGCUGAGCCAUGGUAACGAGUGUCUGGUGUUUGCGGUAUACUUUGCCGCGGUUGUAACGCUCGACGAGGCUGAUGUCCAAACCAACUUCAACACUGGCAAAGAGGAAUGCCUUGCUCAAUUCCGGUUCGCCGUAGAGCAGUCGCUCGCGAAGGCCAACUUUCUAAACACCGCAGACAUCACCGUCGUCCAGGCGUUCGUGCUGUUCCUCCUCGUCGUUAGGCGGCACGACGAGUCUCGCUUCUCUUGGUCUCUCACGGCCCUCGUGGUUCGCAUUGCCCAAGGACUGGGUAUUCACCGUGAUGGAACCCACUUCGGGCUGUCUCCCUAUGAAACAGAGCAGAGGCGGCGCCUUUGGUGGGCCAUCCUGACUCUCGACUUUCGCUCUUCGGAAGAGAUGGGCACCGACUUGGUUGUGUCAGAGGGCGAUUUCGACACCCAGCUGCCCACCAGCAUCAACGACACCGACAUUACACCCACGGGCACCCAAUACCCAGCUGCAAGAGAAGGAAAGUCGGACACGACCAUCACCCUGGUCCGGUUUGAAGUCUGCUCCAUGUCGCGACGCUUACAUGAGGCGGCGAAUAAUAAGAACUCGUCUGGCAAGGGCGAAACCGACGGACUCGCUGAAAAGGAGCGGCUCCUGGUCGAAUUCUACAAGAGGAUCGAAGACAAGUUUCUCCAGCACAUGGACGAGGACGUUGACGCGCUGUACUGGGUUGCAGCCAUGAUAUCCCGCAUCAUCAUGGCCAAGAUGUGUCUCAUCAUAUACCAGCCGAUGCUCUUCCCGGGCACGGAUACGGCGCUUACGGCGGAGGUUCGAGAACGGAUAUACAUUGCCUCGAUCGAAAUCGUCGAAUACAACCACAAACUGAACCUGGACCCCAGAGGCAAGCAGUACCGAUGGCUGUUCAGGACAUAUACAAAUUGGCACGCGAUUGCUUACAUCCUGGUUGAGACGUGCCGCCGUCCUUGGUCGGCGCUGGUCCAGCGCGGCUGGGAAGCCGUCGUCGGCUAUGACAAGGACCUUGCGGAGAACAUGAAGAGAGCCGACCAUGCCUCUGUGUUCCUCCCGCUGCGCAAACUCUUCAUCAGAGCUAAAAGAUACCAAGAAUUAGAGGUGGCACGCCUCAGGGCCAACCCUGAAGAGGCCAAGCGCCUGGAUCUCGCGGAGAGGAUCAAGGCAGCCCAGGCGCGAUUCGAUCCCAUUCCGGGCGCCGAGGCCAGGAUGCAGCAGGUCAGAGACCGAUGGAGGGCGAUGGUCAAUCUGGAACAGGCCAUCCCAGCUCCCGGCAUACAACAAGGACCAGUGGCGCCUCCCGUAUCCAAAGAGGCUCACCCACCGUCUCAGCAGGUAGCUGCCGGUGCUGGACAACCCUACCAACAGCCGCAGCUCCAGCCACAAGUCAGUGGGGGAAACCAGAUACCCAUGGACAUCUCCAACGUCACCAUGGAGUACAUGGAUGACUUCAUGGCGCAAUCCAGCGUCCCCAUGGCCGAGCUCUGGACCGUGGGAUUAGGGGAGGGCCAGGCCAUGGCCAUGGACGGGAGGCAGCAGGGCCAGGACAGCGUGCUCGGACAGCAGCCGAUGAUGAUGCCACCAAACCAGCAGCAAUCCAAGGAGGAGCAUCACGUUCCGCCCUAUCUCUGGCCCGAGUCCUUUGCGUCGACCAACCAGAAGUUUGACCUGGAAGAUGCGGAGAUGCUGGGGGCUGACUUUAACUGGCAGGACUGGAGCCAGAGCGUCCGCGGCCUGAUGGAUGGCGGGCAGCCGAAACCGGGAUGGUAA